AUGACUGCUAUCGCCAAGGUCGAUGGAGAUAGGGAGGGAGAACAGCGCAGUCGGGGAAGAUACGGAGUGAAGAAACCAAUAGAUGAAUCAAAUCAACAAAAACCAUUCGAUAGCAACUUUAAGGACCAAAGUCAACAGAUUAGGAAUCUUAAUCAUCCCAGUACUCGAGCACAAAAUGACGGAAAUACAAGAGUUGAGUAUGCGGAAGGACCAGAUCCACGAUUAGAUGAAAGGCAAGGAACUCCGUGGGUUCUCCAGUCUUAUUCCAACGCCCCACCUCCUUCCUUUGAAAAACCGCAGAUUAUAAUUGAUCCAUCCGGUUCAUUCCGGGAAAAUCAAGGUGAAUUAGUUAAUAGUGCUAAAAAUCGGACUAGACCGUGGUUUCCAAAAAGUCCUUCUGAAAGACCACCAAUUCCAAGAAAUUCGAAUUUCGCAGAUCAGAGUAAUGUCCCACAAUCUUUGGAUGAUCACCAGAGACGAUCAUUUGCCAUUGAUCAUUCUGAUGCAUUUAAGAAACGGGAACAAGAAACUUCUCAAAGGUUGACUAAACCUUAUACACCGCAAAUAUUACCCUACUACAAAAACGAGCAACCCUCCCGACAAAGUUUAACAAAACCGUGGUUCCCACAAUCGGGUUAUGGGCAGCCUCAAGUUGCUAGUGGUCAAACUGAAUCACCCAGUGAACCCAUUCACAAAGUGCCUUUGCCUCUUCCUAUACAAAACUUGGAUUUUUCCAAUCCAGGAGUUCAACAGCGAUAUGAUCAAAAUAGGCAUCAUUCUUUGUCUGGAUUGGCAUUUCAAGAAAGAAUCGGAGGAUCGCCUGAAGAUGAACAGCGAAACACACAAUCAGGAACUGAAGGGAGAUUUGCAAGUGUUGAAGCACAUAAUUCGCCUACCUAUGAAGGAAAUAAUAUUCCCUUUGAACAGGAACGACUAUCCGGACGUCCAGAAGUUAAACCGAGGUUUGAAGGUUCUUACCUAUUACUAACGGCCUAUGAGGGUAAUAAAUAUCAAAGACCUGUAAAGCUUCCAAAAUUCGAUCCCAUAUUCAGCGAUCAAGAUGGAGUGAGGAAUGCUAGGUUACUUAGAGGUGAAGCAUUUGUUUAUAAUCCAGGUCAGAAUUUUGUUGUUGGAUCGAAUCGACAAGACAGUUAUCAAGUUCAACAAACUUCCCCACCCACACCAGGGGUAGCAGCACUACCUACAGGUCAGUCAACUGUGAGACCAUAUAUCAAUCCAAAAUUUGAUGUUUCGAGGUCUUCAGAUGGUGUUUUGAAUAUUCAAAUUGAAGGAAAGUCUUAUCAGAUUGACCCAUCAAAAAUGUUCAGGGCUCGUACUGGAGGCCGUUCGGAGCUAAUAGAGGAUGAGGAGUUUCGAGUUGCAGUCCCUGAUAUCUCGGCCAAAGUCUCUAACAACUCGAAUAAAUCACUCAAACAAAAGAGAUCUACUGGCGGGGAACUUAGCUCUCACGCAAUCGACAAUAACUUCAACACUGAUCCAACUAAGAUGAUCGGUGCUCGACCUGGAAGAAGAGUGGAGUCUUCACAGGAAGAGAUAAAUGUUGAGUCUGGCCUAGAUCCCGAUCACACUAAUUUUGAAAGUGCAGAAGAAGCAGGAUCUGAAGUUGAUUCUUCCCGGGUUCGUGCAGUUAGAAGCGCAGAAGAUGAAAACCAAUUUCUAUGA